AUGUUUUGUUGUGUGCGAACUCGAGACCGCAAAGAAGGCAAAUCUGCCGAUCAGCCUGCUGAACCGCCGGCGGGCCAAUAUGGUUACGAUAAUAAGAGUGGGAAGAAGUAUGUGGGUGAUGGCGGCUUGAAGGACGGAAACAUGGUGGUCUUGGCGGGAGCAGGUGCUGCUGUGGUCGCAACAGCUGUUACGGCUGCCGUGGUGGUCAGUGCCCAAGAGAGUGAUCGUAACACGGGCGGUGGUGGUUGUGGGGUUGCCGGUGUUGGGGAUACCAGCGGUGGCGGGGCCUCUCAAGGGUGUUGUUGCGGUGGCGGUGAUGGUGGUGGCGGCGGUGGUUGCGGUGGUUGUGGCGGUUGUGGAGAUUGUAAAGGGCAUGAGUUCGACGUGAUGACAUCUCAUGAAGGAGAGAUGAAGGUGAAGGUGAAGAUGAAAUUGAGGAUCAACCGCAAAGAAGGCAAAUCUGCCGAUGAGCUUGCUGAACCGCGGGCGGGCCAAUACGGUUACGAUAAGAAGAGUGGGAAGAAGUAUGUGGGUGAUGGUGGCUUCAAGGAUGGAAACAUGGUGGUUUUGGCGGGAGCAGGUGCUGCUGUGGCCGCGACAGCUGUUACGGCUGCCGUGGUGGUCAGUGAUCGUAACACGGGUGGUGGUGGUGGUGGUUGUUGUGGGGUUGCCGAUGUUGGGGAUACCGGCGGUGGCGGGUGUUGGUGCGGCGGUGGUUGCGGUGGUUGUGGUCAGGGUUCGCCGGAACGGCCGUCCCGGAACGGGAACGGUGCCCGCCGUUCCGGAAUCCCUAACAAAACUGUUCUGCCCUCCCCGACGCAGCGGACCACCGUUACGGCCGAGACUUAG